AUGCCAAUGUUUAUACAAGCAGCUGAAGCACACAGAAAACCGCGAUGGUUACCCGUUGCGAAAAGUAAAAUUUAUCGUAUACCGAAACGGCCAGUUAUUUCUGAAGAUGAACGUUUAGAGCUGCUCCGCUUGAAUAAUAACUACAAAACUCAAAUGCGAGCUAUAAGGAGAUUUUACAGUGAAGAUAUGAUCAAAGAACAAGAAUCGCGUCAGAGUGCCAGUUCAGAGAUGUCUCAGCGCCUAGAAGCUGAGGAAUGGGCUCGAUGUGUCGAGUUAAAUGAAAAGUGGAACCUCGAAGUCGCUAAAGAGCGCGAGGAAAGAAGAAAACUAGAGAUACAAGCCAUAGAAGAGCAUGCCUUGAAAAGAAUUGAGGCAGAUGAUUUGAAAUUGAAGGAAAGGAUUGCUAAAGCCUCUGCAGAAAUCAAGCGAGAGAAGGAACUGAGUUCUACCUUCAUUACACCAGAAACCCUGGAAGCUGCGAUAGAGCAUGCACUUGCCAACCCCACGGAUUACAAUUUUGCUAUUGAUUUGAAAGGAAACCUUUAUCAAGGCAAAGAAACAAAGAUUGAAUUAGUAAAAGAGAAGGAUACCAGAGUCAAUGCUUAA